UGUUGUGUGUGUUGUGCACAGCAGAAGCGCAGCGCUGCAAGACGACGCAGCAGCAAUGGAAACCGGAACGCACGGGAAGUAACGCAUGGUGCCAAAACUUUCGCACCCCUACAGAGAGAGAGAGAAGAGAUGAAACUGGGACGUCCUUGAUUAGCCUAUAUUAUAUUUGAAUCUCAUUUCUAUUCGGCGCGGUGCCCGGAGGAGGAGGAGGAGGAGGAGGGGGGGCAUAUUUCUGAGGGGGAAAGUUACCUUUUGGGAUUUUUAUUCUAAUGGACCAAAAACAUUUGAAAUGCACUUCUGUACAGGCGUGAAGAGGCUCACAAGGACACGCCAGGAAUCCCAGGAAUGAUUUAAUCAUAUCCGCUUUAAAAACAAAAAAAUAGCAACACGACUUCAAGACGGAAACUAUAACUCGGAUGUUUAUUUUCCCCCCGCAAUUAAGUUCAAUUAAGCUAAUUAGAGUCACAAAACAAACUAAUAAUGUAUCUGGAAAGUCAUAAUUGGAGUGUGGAGCAAGUCCUUCAUUAUACAGGCUCCUUAUAACUGUAUGAACCCUAUCUAUAACCACGUGGACUAUAAGAAAGAAGAACUUUUCUACUCAUUUACGCACUUGUUUCUUAAUUUUUUUUUUAUUUGCGAUGCGCAUUUCUUCGUUUCCUUUGGACGGCGGCGCGCGCGCACUGCAGCGCUCGUGCAUUGCCGCUCUUUCUUGCAAACUUCUCCGAACUCACGCAUGCUCACGGAUCUCUGAUGUUGAUGAAUGACGCGUAAUUAAGCAGCUCUUAUGCUUCCGCCUGCGCGUGCAUGCGUUUCUUGUCUUUUCUUUUCCGUGUGAUGAGGACUGUGACAAUGAGCUGUGUGUAGUCCGGAUCCUGAAGCCUCACGCGUAACCGGAGGGUCCUUGGUGAGGAGGAGAGAGAGGAGAGGAGAGGAGAGAUCAUGCAUGCACCAUGAAGACACACACAGACAUCUAAAAAAAAAAACAGGCACGAAAGAAAGAAGUCUGCAUUUCUCCUUUAUUCCCUGAGAUGACCGGGAUGGAGCUUGACCCCUGUCGGUGUGAGGAUGCAAUAAAAACGCGUGUUUUUUAAAAGGCGGAUGCGAUAUUCGGUGCAUGUGUCCGGGUCUGGUGCACGCUCCGGGACGUCGCUGUGGCGGAUCUGCGCGUCGCUGCUGCUGCUGCUGCUGCUGUUUCACGCGAUGGGCUGCAUCCAGAGCCUCCGGUGCAAGCCGAAGAGUUUCCGCGAGAGCGUCGCAGUGCUCGAGGUGACCACCUCCAUCGACCCGAACCCCACCAGCAUCGACGAGACCUCCAGCGUGGUGCUGCGCUACCGGACGCCGCACUUCCGCGCCACCGCGCGCGUCCUCGUGCCCCCGGUGGCCGCCAAGGAGACUUGGACGGUGGGCUGGAUCCAGGCGUGCAACCACAUGGAGUUCUACAACCGAUACGGAGCCGAGGGCAUGUCGAGCUGGGAGCUUCCGGAUCUCCGCGACGGUAAAAUCCAAGCCAUCAGCGACUCGGACGGCGUGAACUACCCCUGGUACGGGAACACCACGGAGACCAGCACCGUCGUGGGUCCCACCAAGAAAGACACCAAGUUCACGGUGAGCAUGAACGACAACUUCUACCCGAGCGUGACGUGGGGCGUCCCGGUGAGCGAGAGCAACGUGCCGAUGCUGAGCAACAUCUGGAGGGAUCAGAGCUUCACCACGUGGCUGGUGGCCAUCAACCAGGUGUCGGGGGAGACGGUGGUGCUGCAGACGGUGCGCUGGCGCAUGCGGCUGCACAUCGAGGUGGAUCCGGAUAAACCGCUGGGGAAGCGAGCCAAGCUGCUGGAGCCCGUCGCUCAGGAACAGCCGCAACUGCUGGGCAAGAACGAAGCGAUCCCGCCCAACGCCAUGGUCAAACCCAACGCCAACGACGCGCAGGUCCUCAUGUGGAGGCCCAGGACUGGAGAUCCGGUGGUGGUCAUCCCUCCUAAAUACUGAUUACAGUUAGUUGUUUUUUUUACAGAAGGUCAAUCUCGCUCUGGUGGAAACGUGAACGAGGAUCAGAGCGAUGCUUCUUUUUUACGAAAUGGGUCGGGAUCACUGUGCUAAAUGAAAAACAAAACGUGUCACGAUAUAGUGACGCACUUAAUAGAGUGACUUUUCAGUGUGUUUUGCAUUGGAAUAUACCAUUUGUAUUUAUUUAUUGGGGUGGCGUUCACCACAGGCGCAGUUUUUUUGUGCUUUCGGAGUUUUAUACGACACGAGACACUGAAUCCAUGCUGCCUUAAGUUUACAUUACGCUUUUACUGCAAAAACAAGAAAAAAACUUCAGCCUUAAACAGACAACAUGCGACGCAGAAAAGCCUCGGCGAUCCACGUCUCACGAUCAGCGAUAUUCCCUAAAGAGCUGCGCUGCUUUUAUUAUGAUUACAAUUAGUAAGAUGUUUUUUUAAUUACAGUGUAGACCUCUUCAUAAAGCACAACAGGUUUCUACAGAUAUGUUUCGUGUUUCAUGUUUCAUGGCUGGAAUUAACUCCAGGAGACGGAGAGUCUGGUUCGGUGCUCAUGGUUUGAUUUAUUCUCUGUAGACGGAAAGGAAACUUUAUCAGAGCGCUGCAGAGAGAAUUAGUGACGGAGAGACGAUCCGAAACGUCCGGGACGUCCUUCAUGUGCAGCGGCUCGGCCGUCGACACCGGAGCGCGCGCUCAGCCUCGCUUAGCCUCUGAUCAAACGCACAAGGCUGUGUUCGUCAGGACUGAGCCGAACAUCACACACACACACACACACACAGAAAACAAACCAUCAGUAAUAACAGAGCUGUUUUUUCCUGAAAACACAAAUUUCGAGAAUUGACACAAAAUUCAUGUUGGUUUUUUUAAUUACACACAAUCAUUGCACUUCGCCGCCGCUGUUCAUAAACGAGAUCCUCUUUGACGCGCAGCGUCUUCGCCACGGACGUCUGAUCGAUACGCUCGUUAAAAAUUGAUCACGCAGGCUGACAGAAGGAAAACUGUUCUGCACUGAACAAGAUGAAGGACGCCACGACUUACACACACACACACACACACACUCUGAGUGGGGAAUAAAACCCUCAGUGUUACACUGUUACAGAAAAAAUCAUCCGUGACGGAGCAGCUACAGAGCCGCAGCGCUUUAUUCCUCUUCUGCCGCAGCAGGUUUUUUCUUUUAACGAUGCCAGUUUUUUAUUGAUUAAACGGCAACAUGUCGAACCUUUUAACACGGUAGAUUACGCUCAUCUAGAGCAGGCCGCGGGAAAUCUGUGAAACAACUCAUGUUGACAAAAAAAGUAAAAUCUUAAAAUAUGACGUCUUUUUUUUUGACAAAAGAGAAAAAGCAAACAGAGUGCUAGUUAAAUCCUGAAACGCUCCCCUGUAGAGCCGCAUGAUUUAAUCCAAAACGUCACACAGCGAUUAUUUCAACAUAUCGUGAAAUGCGAUAUUUAAAAAUAUAUACAUUUUAAUUGUUUAAUAUUAAACUCAUAAAUUCCUGAUUGCGCAUAUGUUACCUGUAAUAAAAUGCAGGCGAUUAAAUAAUUGGCCAGUCCGUGUGUGAUUAUUAUUUUUAUGACAUCAAUUGUGCGGCA